UCAGGGGUCGUUGUUUCACCAUCCGUUUUGUUAAGCGUUAACAUUGCUGGUUCUUAAUUAAAUCGGUUAGGUGAGAAUUCUGCUCCAUGAUUCCUGCGUGCGCUGAGUGCGUGGCUUACAAUUUAGGCUCUCUCUGAACCUUCAAAAUCUCCCACUUCCGCUUAUAAGUGAUUUUUUCUUCUUCUUCUUCGGUUUCUCUUUGGUUAGCAUUCCAUAUUGCCAGCAAAAUUCAGUUUCUAUAAUGGCUCCCAGCAAUCAUAUACCAGAUGAUAUUGUCUUCUUCGUUCUAUCAAAACUGCCUAUUAAAUCUUUGAAACGAUUUGAAUGUGUUUGUAAAUCAUGGUCUCUCUUAAUUGAAAACACUCGUUUCAUGAACAUGUUCCGCAACAACUUUUUAUCUAACUUGCAUUGUUAUUCUUAUUAUGACCAAGCAUCGCUCUUCAUGCUGGUUCAUGGACCUUACGAGGAUUUUCUCUAUUCUUUUUCUAGAGAAAAGUUGGAGAGUAAAGUCAAAUUAAAUAUAUCAACUCCAUUUGUACACCAUGAGGAAGAGGGUUACGUUGGAGAUCUUUGUAUUUUUGGUUUUGGUAGUAUUAGUGGCACAUUUUGUCUCUAUGAAGAUGGAUCUUGCAAAAUUGCAUUAUGGAACCCGAGUAGAGAUGAAUUCAACCACAUUCCUCCUAGUCCGGUUGAGUCCACUCUCCCCGAGGCUGCUAGGGCUAUUUGUUAUAUCACACCUUAUAUUCAUGGAUUUGGUUAUGAUCUUAAUACAUGUGACUAUAAGGUCAUUCGUUGUGUAUUCUUUGUAGGUAGACACGUUGAAGAAUGGGAUUAUGUGCCGUCUGGAGAUGUAUUUGGAGAUACGUGUUUAGACCCUGUAUGGGAGAUAUAUAGCUUGAAAAGUAAUUCUUGGAGAAAACUUGAUCUGGACAUGCCGCGUUCUGUUAUGGGAACUGAGGAUGCCCGACUCUACAUGGAUGGAGUCUGUCACUGGUUGUGUCAAUAUCAUAGUCCACUAGCACCGUGUUUGGUAUCAUUUGAUUUAAGCAGUGAACAGUUUUUUGUAACAUCCAUACCGGAUGACUGUUUUGUUGUUGGAGCAUCAUAUGUUUACUUGGCGGUGUUAAAUGGAUGCAUAACAUCUUUCCGAGUUAGAGAAAAUACUUUUCAAAUAUCAAUAUUGGGCGAACUCGGUAGAAAAGAAUCAUGGAUCACACUAUUCGUUGUUGGACCAUUGUCUUGCGUCCUACGUCCUAUUGGAGUGGGGACCAAAGGAGAAAUAUUCUUCCGGACCAAAGAUCGAAGAGUAGCUUUGUUUGAUUUGUGUACCCAAAUGAUUGAGAAGCUUGGUUAUGAAGAAGAGAGUUGUAGUUUUCCUAGUCGGGUAAUACUUUACAAAGAAAGCAUUCUUCCAGUUGAAGGAAUAAGUAGUUAAUUGUUUUUCUUGAAGGAAUAAGUAGUUAAUUGUUUUUCUUGUUUUUAUUUUGAAUGUUUUCUCUCAUUUUAUUUGCAAACUUAUCUAGUAUCUAUAUCGAUGAAAAGAAAACCUAUGUCAAUAAGUUGGCUCGUGUUGAUUUUUUCUUCAAGAUCAAUGUUUAAUACUCAAACAAGUUGUAAUUUUCUUCAAAUUCAAAACUCAAAGUGUAUUUGAGUAAUUUACAAAAGAAAUUUAAUAUGAAUACAUAAGUUGCAGUCAAACAUUUAGUUUCGGGAUUGCUCUCAUACAAAUUCUGCUGUGGCAGUCAAACAAUUAUACAUACAUAAGUUGCACUUCUGUAGAUUUCAGUCAUAAGUGUAACCUGCUUUAAAG